UGUAGCUCGAUGUAGUAGACCAUCAUGUCGGUUUAUUCGUGGUUACCAAUCACAAUUGCGCGGGAAACACUCGUGACUGGCGGUAGCCUAUAGAAAUCGAGCGAUUUGAAUUCCCUCUUCGCCUUGUUGACUACCUAGAAGUUUUGUUGUAUACAAUCGUUGGGUGUACAGUGCUGUCAGUGAAUAUAACUUAUUUUGUUCUAUUUUGAUGAAAAUACUAUUAGACACAACGAAAAAUUUAGAUAAUCUGAAUCGAUGAUGUCGGCAGCAAUGGAUAUGUUUCUUAGCGCCACGGACUCCAUUUCCUUCCCAGAUAUUUUAGAUAUCGAUAUAAAAUCCGAAAUAGAUACAUUAGUAGGAGGACAUAACGAUUUCUCAGGGUUCAACUUCAACGAUAUGCCUCCUUUAGAAAUUGAAGACGUACAUGACAUUAGAUGGUUCAAUUCGAAUUCAAAUCAUUCAAAUUUAGAUUUUAGUGGAGACGACGGUCCAACAAUGGUCAAUCCCAACGCUGUUAUGCCAGUUAUGUCCUCAACUCAAAAUAUCAGGUCACCUUCCCCUCCCUUAAAAGAAAGUCAUCUGACCUUUUCGCCCGCUACCAUCAAAAUUGCUGCUUUGAAACCAGAUAACGCCUCAAUUAAGAAGGAUUUAACAGAAAGAUUAGAAGAAAUCGAGAAGAAACCUGUGAUCAAAACUGUUACUAAAGUGACACCCAUAUUAGCAAAACCAGCUAUUAAAACCAUUGGCAAGACUCCAACUAUACUUACGUUUAGAAAUGCUGUAAACCGAACAUUAGGUCCCUCCAUCAACGUAACACAUUUAAAUAAUAUAACAACGUUAAGAACAGUAACGCCACCUACAAUCAACCGUAAAGUUAUAAAUUCUAGGCCGAUAUACGAGGACGACGAACGUACUUUCCCUAAACCAGCUUAUAGUUAUAGCUGUUUAAUAGCAAUGGCUCUAAAAAAUAGUAAAUCUGGUAGUUUACCUGUAUCGGAAAUAUACAAUUUUAUGUGUAGACAUUUUCCUUACUUUAAAACGGCACCGAAUGGCUGGAAAAAUUCUGUAAGACAUAAUUUGUCUUUGAAUAAAUGUUUUGAAAAAAUAGAAAAACCCGCUUUGAAUGGAGCUCAACGGAAAGGCUGUUUGUGGGCCAUGAAUCCAGCGAAAAUUAGUAAAAUGGAUGAAGAAGUACAAAAAUGGUCGAGGAAGGAUCCUCACGGGAUCAAAAGGGCAAUGGUUAAUCCCGAACAUCUUGAAGCACUAGAAAGAGGCGAAAUGAAAUUCUCUUGUUCAUAUGACGAGACCGAUCACUUUGGAGAUUCUUGCGGCAGUGCUGAAGAACAGAGUGAAGCGUCAGAUUCAGAACAGGAUGUUGAGGAAGAAGCAAACGUUGUUAGCACCCAAUACGAAUAUAUACAAGUUAAAGAAGAAGAUAUCUCAGAUUUGGAUAUAGAGGUAUCAGACAACUAUGAAGAAAUAGAAGAUGAUCAGGAAUUAUUAAGAGUAGAGAUGGCGUUAGCUCAAAAAGAACUAUUAGAAUAUGAAAGGACUGUGAAUAACAAAAGACGGAGGACAUAUAUCCUGCAACAUUAAGGAAUCAACUAUUAGGCACAUUAUCAAGAAUUUAGAAAAAAAAAAACGAUUACUAAAUUCUCGGUGAUCUUUUUUGUAAGCAAAAGAGCUAAUGGGUGAUAUAAAAAAACUUGUACAUAAUUCUUCAUUAUUUCCUGCCUGUGUAUCUUUUUAAGGUUUAUUAAGUGUUUUGUUUUUAAAAUACAAUACAAGACUGCCACUACUUUAUUACUAUAAUGUGUUAUCAAGAUCUGGCUAGAACUUGAUCAUAAAUUAAGCUGUAGUUAGAUUUUUAUACAAUGCAAAAUGUUUUGUGGUUAUUUCAAUAAAUUGUAAGCUCGAAUAGUUCGUAAAUUGUAAUAAACGUUUAAUUUUUACAUCUAGUUAUGAUAGCAUCUAUAUAUUUUUUUCAACGUCUAUAUGAUCCAGAUAUUGUUUUAUUAUGUCAAUAACUGUCAUUUGAUGUUCAUAUUUAGGAUUAAUGUCAGUUUAAUCAGUAACUGAAUUUCAUUUUAUAUGUUAAACCAUAACCAGAUGUUGAAAAACGUUUACCACUCUUGUUUAUUAAAUGGAGGUGGACUGAUGGCAAUUUUAGCGAUGACAGCUUUAUUAAUUGUAGAUGUGUAGAAAAUUAUGAAAAUAUGUUCGCUUACAGUUUUUAUUAUUAAUUAGUUUGUGAUCUUCACGAUGAAGGCUGCAAACUGCCUGACUAGAGGAAAAGAAAAAGCCACAAAUAUGGUUCGCUUUAUUAUAAUGUUAUGAUGGAAUACGUAUUUAUAUAAGCUUAUGCCAUGUGAGUGUAUUUACAUGUUUCAACAUACUUUAUAUAGUACAAUAAUUACAUUUUAUUUAUA